UCAAUCUGUCUCUGGAAGUUAUGUCCAUAUUUUGUUUGUCCUGAAUGCACCACGUUUAUCCAAGGUGGGUUGUUGUGAGCUUGCUGGGAAGGUAUGCCAAUAACUUCUUGAUGUUGUUGGAUGGUCUCAGGACUCUUGUUGGCUUCCAUGGCUGAGUAAGGCUUUCUUGGUGAGACGGCCGAGGAGGAAUCGGCGGGGAGCGGCCGGCCGACGACUAUCAAUCCCGAGCCAAGUGCUUCCACGAUCUUCGAUCCUCGAUCAACCAACUCAACACACCCAAAACAAUAUCGAUGGCAGCUUAUACCUCAGCCGACCGUCGCGACCAGGUCUAUCUAGGAUUCUUCCUAAUCCAUGCGAUCAGUGCAGUCUGUGUCGAUAUCCAGCCUCUCCUUCCGCAGGCCGCUCAGCUCGAUGUCUUCAAACGACUUCUGGACUUCUACUUGGAUAACACUUCCGAUCCCUUGAUGCUGAGCGCACGUUCGCAGGAUCCCAGCUUUCUGUGGUUUCGAUGGUUCCUGGUACACGAGGCUCUCUUUUUCUUACCAUGCUUUCUCAUAGGCAUCCGAGGUUUACUCAAAGGUACACCGAGCGUUUACCCUAUCCUAUUAGCCUAUGCCGCUGCCGCAUCAACCACAACGGCAACAUGUCUCGUGGUGCUUGUCUUGGGGGAUCGUAAAGUCCCGCUGACAUCGACCCAGUUCAUCUUCCUCCUGAGUGCUUAUGGACCGUUCUUUGCGGUACCCGCCGUGAUGCUCGUCGAUAUGUACCAUCGAAUCCAUCGUUUGAUUGGUUCCGAUUCCUCUAGACUCAAGGGCAAGAAAAAAGCAUGAACCCUUGGUACUCAAGCCUCUUGCGGUUCACACUCCACAGGAACAUGGGUAGGAACAGGAUCGAUCGAUAUAGAACCUCUCUCAUACCAAGCUUGAAUAAAGAAUAUGUGAAUAAUGGAAUUCAGCCGAAAACAGAAGAUUCAGCCUGCAAGCAACAGAGUCUGGGAAUCAACUCCGAUGGUUUUAGAGUUCAAUAUUGAUCAUGGUGUACAAAAUUGAUGACAGUUAUGCUCAUUUUACCUGAAUUCAAUCUGAUGCAUUCUGCUGACAAAAUCAUGGGGCGUCUCCGAUAACAUAGUGAGGGAGG